AUCUCCCAAAAUGACUUUCAACACGGUGCGCCUCCCCCUUCACUCUUGCUUCACGGCAGCAGGUUGUCAGCUCCAUAGACAGCUCGCUCUGGAGGAGCUGUGGGAUGCUUCUGAACACACCCUUUACAUUUUGCUGUCGUUUCCACAUCAGCUUAAGCAGCGACGAGGAGCCGGAGAAGAGUAAAGCUUCCCCCAAAUAUGUGGCGUAGUAGCGGCUGACCGUCUGCUUCAGGUAACUGUGAUGGCAGGGUCAAAGAUGUCUCUGCCACUGGCUGCAGUGGUGCUGCUCUGUGUGCUGCUGGCAGGACCAGCCCUCGGCGGGCCUGAGAUGGACCCAUACAAGAUAUUAGGAGUAACCAGGAGUGCAAGCCAGGCCGAGAUCAAGAAGGUCUACAAGCGUCUUGCAAAAGAAUGGUAAAUAUUUUCACAUGACACCAACUUGAUGUUAUAACUCAUAUUCAGAUUGUAACAAAUGAGGAUCUUCUUCUCAAGGCAUCCUGACAAAACAGAAAUCCAGGCGCUGAAGACAUGUUUAUCAAGAUUACUAAAUCUUACGAGAUCCUAUCCAGUGAGGACAAACGUGCCAAUUUUGACCGUUAUGGGCAGACUGAUGAUACACAGCCGUAUGGAAAUGGCCGCUAUGGCCACCGCCACGACAGCUUUUACUUUGACGAGUCCUUCUUCAACUUUCCUUUCAACAGCAAGAAUCACAGAGACUUUGCCGACAGCAAAUACACACUUCACUUUAACCAGUAUGUCAGUGAUGUGGUGCCUGAAAGCUACAAGAGACCGUACCUGAUAAAGAUUACCUCCGACUGGUGUUUCAGCUGCAUUCAUAUCGAGCCUGUCUGGAAGGAGGUGGUGCAGGAGAUGGAGAGUCUAGGUGUUGGAAUAGGUGUGGUGGAUGUUGGCUAUGAGAGACGGUUAGCUAACCACCUCGGCGCUCACCGCACCCCAUCAAUUCUUGGAGUCAUCAAUGGAAAAGUGACAUUUUUCCAUUAUGCUGUAGCAAAGGAGCACCUAAGGCAGUUUGUAGAAGACCUUCUCCCUCAGAGACUCGUGGAACGGGUGACCGACAAGAAUGACUUGCAGUUUUUGAACAGCUGGCACGAGCUCAACAAGCCACAUGUACUUCUGUUUGACCAAGUGCCUGCAGUUCCUCUGCUAUACAAACUGACAGCUUUUGCUUAUAAGGACUACUUGCAGUUUGGCUAUGUGGACCAGGGCCUUUCAGAGACUGCCAAUCUGCAGAAACAGUUUAAUAUUAAUACUUAUGCUCCGACUAUGCUGGUCUUCAAAGAGAACAUUGACAAGCCGGCUGACAUUAUACAGGCUAAAGGAAUGAAGAAGCAAAUUAUUGAUGAGUUCAUGGCAAACAAUAAGUUUCUGCUAGCACCACGGCUGGUCAAUCAGAAGCUCUUUGAUGAGCUGUGCCCUGUCAAACAGUUUCACAGACGUAGAAAAUAUUGUGUCCUGCUGAUCACAGGGGAUGAAGAGACCUUUUCGUUUGGGAACCAGGCAUUUCUUUCAUUUGCUUCUACUAACACUAAGGAAGUUGUGAGGUUUGCCUAUGUAUACCAACGGCUACAGCAACCACUUUGUGAUAUCCUCAUGCAGAACAAGGAUAGUGCACAGUCACCACCACAGGUUGUCAUCCUUGAGCGGCGUAAUGCUGCAGGGAAAGCAUUGUUUAAGCCAGUUACUGCCUGGAACGGCAGUGAGGAAGACAAGCAGCGUCUUCUGGAGGAGCUGGAGCGUCUUCAGAAGGACCCGUCUAUCCUCAUCCAUGAUGCCAUGCUGCCCGAACUCAACAACGAGUUUGCAUCUAUGUUUAUAAUCCGAUGGAUCUAUGCAUCUUAUGAUUACCUCUCUGAAGUCAUUGAUGAUAUUCUACAUAACAACUGGCGUGAGAUGAUGCCUCUUCUGUCCCUUAUCUUCUCUGCUUUGUUCAUCUUGUUUGGCACUGUGGUUAUCCAGGCUUUUAGUGAUUCAAGUGAAGAUAAACAGACUAAACCAAAGGCAAAAGAUGGAACGAAAGCAGAGAAUGGGUCUUCAGGGUCUGGUACUACUUCAAGUCGGCCUCCUAAGAAGAAUUUUGUGGAGGUGACAGAGCUGACAGACAUCACCUACAUGAGCAACCUGGUGAAGCUGAGGCCAGGCCACAUGAACAUAGUUCUGGUACUCACUGAUGCCUCCAAGAACAUCCUCCUUAGCAAGUUUGCCAAAGAGGUCUACUCCUUUACAGGGAGCCUGACGUUGCAUUUUUCCUUCCUGAAUAUCGACAAGCACAGUGAGUGGAUGAGCACUCUGCUGGAAUAUGCCCAGGACACCAUGCAGAUUGAUGCUGAUGAGGAUGAUGGGGGAAACCGCAAGAUAGACUAUACCGGCUAUGUGCUGGCACUUAAUGGUCAAAAGUAUCUGUGUCUGUUUAAGCCUGUCUACACGGGGGAAGACCUUGACAGCAAGUCAUCUGAGGAUGAAGGGGGCACUUCAGGAGGCAGGUCAAGGUCCAGUUCCCGUGACGACCACCCACCACGCAAAUCCAAUCGAUCCCGCAGCAUAUCCACCCUGCAGAUCCACCACAAACUGGACCGUCUGGGGCUGUGGAUGGAAAGGCUCAUGGAAGGCACUUUGCCUCGCUACUACAUCCCAGCCUGGCCAGGGCUAGAGAAGAUCACCCCUAGUAAAUAGAUUAAGGGGGAAGGACUUAGUAUUUAUAUACUGUCACAGUAAAAUGGCUUCAUUCAUCAAGAACGUUAAGUUAUAGCUGCCUUUUUUUGAACUUAAGACGUUUUAUUGGCAAAGAUAUGGUUUAAGUAGGGUCAAUUUUCCAAGCUUGGCCUUCAUCCAACAACUUUGGGACAGGUCCUUUAGCAUACCUCUUACAUUCAUGGCAUGGUGUUUCAGACCACUGUUAGUCCUUUUUUAUUUAGGCAAAUGCUACUGAAGACCCUUGUGGAAAAAAAAAUCACUGUGGCCAACUGUACUCUCCUGCAUUUAUGGCCAUCAGUCAGACAGGAUAACAACUUUGGUCAGUUUAUGAUCUGUCAAAACUCUUUUGUAAGACAUGCUGUCCAACCACAUUGGAACCCCAAAAUAUGUGAUCUGAAAAGCCACAACUGAAGGUCGAGUGAAAAGAGAUGAGGAGAUUUUGAAUUACUGGUAGAUAGAUUUGGGAAGAAUAGUGCACAUUUUCACAAUCUCUCCAAGAAGACAUUCACAAUGUUGCCCUCAGUUGUACAUAUGGAAAGUGCCACAAAUAGUAGAGAAACAAACUAAACAGAGAGAGCAGAGAGAGAUAUUCAGUCAGCGGUUGGCCUUUCUACUGCUAGCCCAUUUGGAUGUGAAAUGGUAGUGAAUACUGGAUUGUAGAUCUCAGAAAGUUACAAAAAUGGUUGACAGGGGUUUCAAAAGCAACUCAACAAUCCAGCAGGCAGAUUGGACAGAAAAUAAAGCCUUCAUUGAUGAAUACUGUGAAUAGAGAUGCAUGAAACUAAAAUUAAAUGUCUUUGCCUUUUUAUGCAUCUCAGCUUAGUUUUUGUUAUAGAUUGUCUCCUAAAUACUGACUCACUUGCACAAUAUAGCAUACUCUUGUUAUGACAAUGGCUUUUACGCUGGACCUCAAGACUUAUGAGUUGUGAUUGAUAAAUUCUCGGACUGGAUCUGUAUAAAGCAAAAAUUACCUGAUUUCAAUUUUGCUCUAAGCUACUUUGAUGUAGUUACCCUGUGCCGCAAUACACUGCUCCCAGUGUUCAUGCCACAACACUCACUAGAGGUCUGGCAAAAACAUCAGAUGGAGAGUGAAAACUGUGUUGUAAUGGCCAAAAAAACUCAAUGUUUUUAUUGCACAGUGAGCAGCCACACUUAGGCACACGCCACAGUGGAAGUAAUUUGCUCUAAAUAUUCUUCAGAUGCUUUAGGACCUUUCUGCUGGGCUCUGUCUGCUGUACCUUCUUUAGUCUUAAAGACAGUGGUAUCUUUCACUGAAGGCUGCUGAUUGGUCUGUGGGUCCAGUCAUGGACUCAACCUUCAUCACUAGUGAAGAUCCUUGACAUAAAUUUUCAGGCCCAUGGUGGAAUUUCACAUCCACAACUACAAGUGAUCAAACAGGACUUCCAGAGAACAUUUUUAUUGUGGCAGAAGUUCUGGCAGUGGUGCAUUACUGCAAAGGAAAACUACUUCAAAGGGAUUUCAGCCAAUUUUUAAUUGGGUAUCGUAUUUUUUUAACAGGUGUCUCAAAACCUCUGCAUUGCAACUCGUAGUCCACAUUCUUCUUUCAUCACGUCAUUGCAUCGAAAAAAUAUUUUGUUCGUUACAUGGAAACUUUGGGUUGUGGUUUAAAAUGUACUUCAUAGCAAGCAAGAAUUAUUUAGUAGCUUGGAUCUGUUCGACAACAUUAGCCAGUAGCUUUAUGUAGCAAACAUAAUGAACAGGCUGUCCAUUUCAUCCUCUGAAUCUUUUCCAAAUGACCGCAACUGACUGAUAUGUCGUCUGAACUUUUGUUAACACCUCAAAGUGGAACUUAAUGUAUGCUUGCUUGAUGAACUAAUUUAUUUUAUUUAUACUGAGCAUAAAAAAUGCCAUUAACAUAAUUUUAUUGGUACUAAAUGAUGUAAAUAUUGCACAUAACCAUGUUAUCUCUAGGACCUGUAAUUUGAAGAGUAUGUCAUUAGAAAGAUAAGGUGAUUAUUAUACGUUAUUGAAAAAAUGUAGUUUUGGUUUUUUUUUUUAGUUUUCUUGUUUUCAUUGGUGUAAGUAUGAUGUGUCUGCUACUGUACAAUGUUUGAGUUGUCCUUCAAUAGUGCAGUUAUCUUCUUGUUGGUUGUAAUAAAAUGCUUUAUGUUUAUUAUUAAAACAGAAUUGGAAUUGUUGUAGAA